AUGCCUACUUCGGCGCAUUACAAGUUCACCAACCGAAAGAUCUUUUUACCUAGUCGUUCCAAGGUUUCGGGUUCAGACUCAACCAGCUAUGCAGUUAUUUUCGACGCAGGGAGUUCCGGAAGUAGAGUGCAUGUGUUUCGUUUUGAUCAACACUUAGUUCUGCUUCCUGUCGGAAACGGCACAGAUUUUGAGCUUUAUGUUCAGGUUAAGCCAGGUUUGAGUUCAUAUGCAGACGACCCGGAGGCUGCAGCAGAUUCACUUGUUCCUUUGCUUAAGGAAGCAGAAAAUGUUGUGCCUGAAGAGUUGAGAUCCAAGACUCCAGUCAGAGUAGGGGCUACGGCUGGCUUGAGGUCGUUGGAAGGUGAUGCAUCAGAGUUGAUUUUGGAAGCAGUCAGAGAUCUUAUAGCAAAUAGUAGCAGUCUGAAGUACGAGGCAGAUGCAGUUUCUAUUUUGACAGGUUCACAAGAAGGUUCUUAUAUGUGGAUCGCAAUAAACUACUUACUUGAAAAUUUGGGGAAUAAAUAUCCAGACACAGUUGGAGUAGUUGAUCUUGGCGGUGGAUCUAUUCAAAUGGCAUAUACUAUCUCCGAGGAGAAUGCUGCAAUAGCACCAACAGUAGCAGAUGGAGAGGACCCAUAUGUAGAGGAAUUGCUUCUUAAGGGAACCAAAUAUUACCUCUACGUUCACAGUUACUUGAACUACGGCUUAUUGGCUGCUCGAGCGGGGAUUUUGAAGGUUUCUAAAAACUCCAGCAACCCCUGCAUCUUGGCUGGUUAUGAUGGUAUUUACAGCUAUGGAGGAGUAGACUAUAAAGCAUCAGCUUCUCCUUCCGGUACAAGCUUUACAAAAUGCAGAAGAGCAAUUCUUAAAGUUCUCCGAGUGAAUGCACCAUGUGAGUUUGUGAAUUGCACAUUUGGUGGGAUAUGGAAUGGUGGCGGCGGGGAAGGACAGAAGAAUUUGUAUGUUGCAUCAUUUUUCUUCGACAUGGCUGCUGCGGCUGGUUUUGUUGAUACCGAUGCAAAUUCAGCCGAAGCUAGCCCUUCAGAUUUCAAGAAAGCAGCUGAGCUUGCUUGCGAAACUAAAUUUGAGGAUGUAAAAUCCAAAUAUCCAAAUGCAGAGGAGGAAGACUUGCCAUACUUAUGCAUGGAUCUUUCCUAUGAAUAUACAUUGCUCGUAGAUGGAUUUGGUCUUCAUCCUCGGAAAAGGCUCACACUGGUGAAGCAGAUUGAAUAUCAGAAUUCCCUUAUCGGAGCUGCAUGGCCACUAGGUAGUGCCAUAGAGGCUGAUAUCCGCACGAAGUCAAUCCUACACGAAGGACCUCUGGACAAUGGCAUUUACACCAUGCUGUUUGAAUCGGAUUCAUCACUAAGUUCUGCCUAA